UCAGUCUAUAGUGGGGAGGGUGUGUGUGUGUGUGUGUGUGUGUGUGUGUGUUAAUAUUUUACACUUUUUAAGGCUGCAGUCAAAACCCCACUUACCUGUGAGUAAGCCCCCAACAGGACUUACUUCUGAGUAGACACGGUUAGGUUUGCAGCCUUACCCUGCAAUCCCGGCCUGCAUGCUUACCUAGAAGCAAGUUCCACUCUGUCUAAUGGGGCUCAGUCCCCAAAGAUAUGUGUGUUUAGCCCCCCUGAAAUCAACAGGCUGAAACAUACCCCCAAAGUUAGGGUGCGGCAAACUUUUUACAAUCUUCAACAAAUCCAUCCUAUCUCCAUCUUCACCCACCGGAGAAAAGAGUAGUAGCCUUAUUUUAUUUUAUCAUUUAUUUCAAUUUGUUAUUUUAAAAAAGCAGUUUGCAACAAUUGUAACAUAAAACCAUACAAUAAAAACCAUAUAGAAAAUUAAAACCAGUUAACUGUUGCAGAAAGAUAAUUGCUUGCAUAACCUGCCGGAAUAGCAAAGUUUUACAGCAGGCAUUUAAAAGUUGAGAAUGGAAGACGCCUGCUAACUCUCUAGUGGCAGAGAGUUCCACAGGACUGGGAAAACGACAAGAAAGGCUCGGUUUCUUUUUUUGUUGUCAAAUGAGCCUUGCAAACUGGAGGAGCUCUAGCCAUCUCAUACAAUGGGAGUAAAAUACUCCCGUUAGCAAUCACCUUUUGGUCCAAGACAGGUGUGUGAUGAGGGGGAGGAGGGGGGAAAACCUGUUAAUCACCUGAUGCAGGUGAAGCUAUAAAAAGCUGCUGCUAAGGGUAUUUUUCCCUUUCUGGGCUGAAGAAGGCCUUGUAGGGUGUGAAGAAUGGGGGGCUAUGGCUGGCUGUUAGUUUGCUUAACUGUGGGGGCGAUGCCAGCCCCACUUCGUGUUCAUACAGGACAGUGGUUUCCUUCGACCCAGUCCUGGUGGGUUCAGCAAACUGGGCCUUACUGGGUGAAGGUAAAAUGUGACCAGUCCCAAGUUAUUGUGUCGGUGGAGAAAAGCUCAGGAGCCAAAGAGAUGGUGAAACCCAGUGACCUGACCCUGGGAGACUGUCCUUAUACGAGCCUCGAAGGAGAAACUGUGGUUUUUGCGGUCGCCCUCCAAGCGUGCGGAUCCCAGGUCCAGCUGACUCCAGGCACCGUGAUCUACAGAAAUAUUUUGUUUUACAACGCGGAAAGGCCUGCUCCCACCACAGCUGAGCCCAGCCUGCUGUCUGCAGUCCUCAUUGAGUGUCAUUGUCCAAGGCAAAUGCCCUUAGCAGGCUCAAGGAAUAUCAGUGAAGCAAAAGGCUCCGAGAUGCUGGCGAAUCUGAGAACAGCUGUUGGGCGACAGAAAAGAAAUGUCUAUUGGCAGCAAGAGAACUCGUCUUUAAUUCAAACGGAGUCCAAUGAGGACACCACCCUUGCUUCAACCCAGGGCCCAGUUCCAGACGCUGAGAAGAAAGUGGUGAUUGUGAAGCACAAGUCGGCACUGAUGAUGAAGGAUCCUGGAAUGAUAAUGGCGCUGAUUAUCGUCGUAUCUUCGCUUGCUCUCGUCCUUUUUGCCAUGAUAACUCAGUUCGUGUACCAGAGAUGCGGGGGCUGAUGCUGCUUAGUGGGGAGUUGUAAUUAAUUUUGUGUGUGCACGUGUUAAUAAAACAAGUUAUCUGUGCAA